AUGGCUGCCACUCUCCCCGCCUACAAGACCGCUUUCCUGGAGUCCUGCCUCUCCGCCAAUGUCCUGACCUUUGGCACCUUCACCCUCAAGUCCGGUCGUCACUCUCCCUACUUCUUCAACGCCGGAACCUUCCACACCUCUGCGCUCCUCUCCGCCCUCUCCACCGCCUAUGCCCACACCAUCGUCUCUUUCCUCGCCGCGAACCCCUCCAUCCCGAAACCCGAUGUGAUCUUCGGUCCCGCUUACAAGGGCAUCCCUCUUGCCUGUGCAACCCUCCUCGAACUCCACCGCCUGGACCCCGAAACCUGGGCGAACGUCUCCUACAGCUACAACCGCAAGGAGGCCAAGGACCACGGCGAGGGCGGCAACAUCGUCGGCGCCGCAUUGAAGGACAAGAACGUCCUGGUCAUUGACGACGUCAUCACCGCGGGUACCGCCAUGCGGGAAACGCUGGACCUCGUGGCCAAGCAGGGCGGCACCGUCGUGGGCUUUGCCGUCGCGCUGGACCGACUGGAGAAGAUGCCCGGACCCAAGGAGAAGGAGGGCAUCGAUGACGGCGAGCCUCGCAUGAGUGCUAUGGGACAGAUCCGACGCGAGUACGGCGUGCCGACGACGAGCAUCGUCACCCUGGAGGAUCUGAUCGUGCUGUUGAAGAACAAGGGAGACGAGGGUGAUUUCACGAAACUGGAGGAGUACCGCAAGAGAUACCAGGCCAGUGAUUAG